AUGGCAGUGGUUAUACGUUAUGUUGAUACACAUGGACUGUCAAAUGAGAGGUUUGUUGGUGUUCUUCAUGUGGAGGAAACAACAUCUGCUUAUCUCAAGUCUAAAAUUGAUUUUAUAAUUGCAAAACUUGGUUUGAGUCUACAACAAGUGAGAGGACAAGGUUAUGAUGGAGCGAGCAAUAUGGCAGCUUUAACAAAUGGGCUAUCAAAAACCUUUCAAAGAAAGGAUAUGGACAUUGUUAAUGCUAUAUCAGAUGUGGAAUCAGCUAAGCGAGAGCUAGAUAAGCUUAGAUCUGAGCAUGGAUGGAGUUCUCUCCUGAGCAAGUUUAGUCACUAUGAUGAUGAGAAGCUCAUGAAGUUGGCUAAGUUCUAUCCUAAUGACUUUAGUGACAACGAGCUAGACUAUCUUGAGAAAGAGCUUUGCCUCUACAUAGAUAAUCUAGUACUGACUCUUCCUGUUGCCACUGCAACUGUUGAGAGAUGCUUCUCGGCAAUGAAGCUUGUGAAGAAUGCUUUGCGUAAUAAGAUGGGUGAUGAUUAUUUGAGCAAUAGCCUUAUUUGCUUUGUAGAAAAAGAAAUGUUGGAUACUAUUCCUAAUGAGCUUGAAGGCUAG